GGCUCGGGGAGGGACGCUUGUCGGAGCCGCCGCCGCCGCCGCCAUGGCUUCCAUUCUGGACCAGUAUGCGGACGCGCUUUCCCACUCGGCGUCCUCGCAGCAGAGCCGCACCAGCCUGGGCAUCCCGCACACGGGGUAUGUGAAUGCUCGGCUGGAAAAGGAAACACCAAUUUUUAAUAAACAGAGGAUUGACUUUACCCCUCCUAACAAGAUUAACUGCCUGGUUGUCUCUUCUAACCAGUUGUGUAUGAGCCUUGGAAAAGACAUACUUUUUAGACUUGACUUGGCCAAGGCAGAUGAGCCCAACCAGGUAGAGCUUGGACGAAAGGAUGAUGCCAAAGUUCACAAGCUUUUCUUGGACCAUACAGGUUCUCACCUGAUCAUUGCCCUGAAUACCAAUGAAUGCCUCUAUUUGAACCGAAAUGCUCAGAAGGUGCGGCCCCUGUCCCGCUGGAAAGGGCACUUGAUUGAAAGUGUAGGCUGGAACAAAUUCUUUGGUUCGGAGAUGAACACGGGCCCCAUUUUGGUUGGAACAUCCCAGGGCCACAUAUAUGAGGCUGAGAUUUCUGUGAGUGAAGGCAGUCUGUUUGCCACGAACCCUGAUCAGUAUUUCCGCCUCAUUUACAGCCUGGAGGAAGAGGCAGGGCCUGCCCCAGUCUGCUGUCUUGAAAUAGAACGAGGGAUUGAUGGGAAGUGUUUCAUCAUUGCCACCACGCACAAGAGGCUUUUUCAGUUUGUUGGCAAGAUUCCAGAGGGAUCAGAGCAGCAGGCCUUUGGUACAAUAUUUAGCAUGCCUGCCGAUCACUUGCCUGGUUUUCGUGAGUUUCCCGCUAGCCUUGGCUACAGUGAAAUAGCAUUUUACACCCCAAAACUUCGUUCCUCUCCAAGUGCUUUUGCUUGGAUGAUGGGAAAUGGUGUCCUAUAUGGAUCACUGGAUUAUGGACGUCCUGACUCUAUUCUGAGUGAUGAACAGGUCUGGGAAUAUCCCUCUGAUGUCAAUGCAGUAGCCAAUAAGCCUAUUUCCAUAGUGCUCACACAGUUCCAUUUUCUGCUGCUCUUUCCUGAAAGCGUGAAGGCUGUGUGCACUCUGAAUGGCCAAGUUGUCUUUCAUGAUGUGUUCUUGGAAAAGUUUGGCUCCUUGACACGCAUGAUCAAAGAUCCCACAUGUGGGCAAAUCUGGAUUCACACAGAAAAAGUUGUGUUUAGAUACAACGUGCAGCGAGAGUCCCGCGAUGUAUGGAAAAUGUACAUGAAUAUCAAUAAAUUUGAUCUGGCUAAAGAGUACUGUAAAGAGCGCCCCGAGUGCCUAGAUAUUGUGCUGGCAAAAGAGGCAGAGUACUGCUUCCAGAAUCGGAAAUACCUAGAUAGUGCUAAAUGCUAUGCUUUAACCCAAAAUUACUUUGAGGAGAUUGCCCUUAAGUUUAUUGAAGCCAACCAGGAAGAGGCACUGAUGGAGUUUCUGAUUAAGAAACUGGCUAGUUUGAAGGAUUCUGAAAAAACACAAGCAACACUGCUGACCACCUGGCUAACAGAGCUAUACUUAAAUCGUCUGGGUGUGCUAGAAGGGGAUGCCUCAAAGCGGGACCUCUAUGAGAAGACCCGGGACAAGUUCCGCAGCUUCUUGGGCAGUCCUAGAAACAAGGAAUGCCUGUUCAACAACCGAGCAACUAUUCAUGAGCUGUUGGCAAGCCAUGGGGACACAGAGCACAUGGUGUACUUCGCCGUCAUCAUGUGUGACUAUGAGCGGGUGAUAGCCCAUUACUGCCAGCAUGAAAACUACAAUGAAGCCCUGGAAGUCUUGUGUAAAAUCAGGGCCCAGGAUCUCUUUUACAAGUUUUCUCCAAUUUUGAUCCAUCAUAUUCCCAAGAAAGUGGUAGAUGCUUGGAUUGAAAUGGGCUCAAACCUGGAUGCGAAGAUGCUCAUUCCUGCCCUUGUCAACUACAGUCAGAGCGGAAGCACCCAACAGAUCAAUGAAGCCAUUCGGUACAUGGAGUUCUGUGUGACUGAGCUGAAGGAAACUCAGCAGGCCAUUCACAAUUACUUGCUGUCGCUCUAUGCUUUGAGUCGCCCCGACUCGCUGUUGUCAUACCUGGAACAAGCAGGAGCCUAUGCAGACAACAUCUGCUAUGACCUGAAAUACGCACUUCGGCUCUGUGCAGAACAUGGCCACCACCGAGCAUGUGUCCAUGUGUACAAAGUUAUGGAGAUGUAUGAGGAAGCCGUGGAUCUAGCUUUGCAGGUGGAUGUAGAUAUGGCAAAGUCCUGUGCAGACCUCCCUGAAGAGGAUGAGGAACUGAGGAAGAAGCUCUGGCUGAAAAUUGCUCGGCAUGUGGUCCAGGAAGAAAAGGAUGUCAAGAAGGCCAUGGCCUGCCUUUCUAGCUGCAACCUGCUGAAGAUCGAAGAUGUUCUUCCCUUCUUUCCAGACUUUGUCACUAUCGAUCACUUCAAGGAAGCCAUCUGCAACUCUCUGGAGGCCUACAAUAAACACAUAGAGGAACUGAAGACAGAGAUGGAGGAAGCAACACAGAGUGCCAAAAGGAUCAGGGAGGACAUUCAGGAGCUGAGAAACAAAUACGGCUCUGUGGAGCCCCAGGAAAAAUGUGCUGCAUGUGACUUUCCACUCCUAAACCGUCCCUUUUAUCUCUUUCUCUGUGGCCACACGUUCCACUAUGAUUGCCUUCUCCAGGCAGUUUAUCCAAAGUUGCCUGCCUAUAAACAGGCUAAACUCGAGGACCUUCAGAAGAAGCUUUCAUCCACAAGCCAACCUUCGAAAUCCCACCAUCGCACAAAAGACGCAGACACUACUAGCCAAGGAAAGGGCCAGCCAAGUCGGGAACAGAUGAAAGCUGACAUUGAUGAUAUUGUGGCAGCUGAAUGUGUAUAUUGUGGAGAGUUAAUGAUCCGAUCAAUUGACAAGCCAUUCAUUGAUCCACAGAGAUAUGAGGAAGAGAUGCAGAGCUGGUUGUAAGAGUUAACAUAUUUCUGCCUGUGCAAGAGUAUGAAAUUGCCUGUAAAACAUAAGGCUUGGCAGCCAACCUCUGGACAUCUUAACUUAAGGAUUCUGUGGAGGUUUGAAAAAGUAUUACAUGAAUCUUGGCAUCUGUAAGUUAAGUGCUGCAGAGUGGUGUGUCAGUGAUAGUCAUUGUCUUUUUGGCUGCCAGCAAAGCACUCCGCAAAGCACUGUCAGCUGCUGGGUUUCUUUAGAUAAUAUUCUUCAUGUAAUACUGAAUCAUCCUUUGUCUUGUUGAGACUAAAUAUGAAUGGCUUUUGUUACCCUGUCUGGGCUAUUCCCAUAUUUCUGUAACGAAUGAGGCAGUUCUAGAGAUGCCCAUUUUCAUAAACGUGUAUUAUUUUCAAAUGUGGAGCUUCUCCUUUUGUUGUUCUUGGUAAUAAGAAAGGCUGUUCUCUGCACUGGAAACAUAACAGGGAGAAAAUGUGCAUGAAGUCCUGUUCCGUUGGAUUAAUUGUGGUAUGGAAGUUUCAGAGUCUGAAUUCUCAGGCAAAGCAAUUUCAUGUAAAAGCCACAUUUUUAGCUUUGGUUUGUGUGAUUUCAUUGUAUUUACUGCCUUCAUUUCCUGAAAGCUUAUUCUGAGUAGCUAACAGACUGUUAAAAGUUUCCUGGAGUAUUCCUUCAAUUUGUUCCAAGUAAAUAGAAUCACUCAAUGGAACUACGGUUGAUAACAUUUGUACAGAUUUCAUAUGAUGUCAGUGCUAAUUUUGAAUCUUAUAUUUGAAUAUUCCUGUCCCCUCGGUAGAGCAGUAUUUUGUUGCUAGUAUCUUACAAGAGUAUCCCUCGUCAUGAUCACUGGCACAUUUCUGUGGCUUAUGAUCUUAAAACAGCUAACUAGAAGCUCUUGUUCCAUCAAUCGUAGACCCCGUAGUUAGGUUAGGAACCAUACUUGAUUCAGUUUUUGUAAUCCUUAAAUGACUAUGGAAAAAUUACGUGAUUGGAAAGCUUUGGGAUGUGGGUUCAGAGUUGAAAGUUGUUUUGAAUUUCUAUAAAAGAUACAAUUGUCUUUUUUGUUUUGGCAAAGAGACUUUAGGUAACAAGGAAUGCCAGCUAAGAAACUUAAUGAGUCAGGGGUUACUUUAUAGCAAGAACCACAUUUUCUAUUGUCUGAAUAGAAAUUCUGAAUUGCCCAUUAAUAAUGAGAUGGAAUAUAUCUGUACCAGAAUGUUUCUAUGAAGAAGUUCUUUCUGGGGUAUACCUCAAUGUUAAUUCAAAUUUAGGGUUUUUUUUAAUGCACAUUAAAAAAUCCCUGCAAUGACUGAGUGACUUCCGCAUUUUGGUUGACCUGCUUCUUGUGUAUUUGUAGUAUUCAACAACUGACCACCUACUAAUUUUAAUUAAACAUAGUUUGUAUAUUGUUUAUUGCUUAGAGGCUGGUAUUCAUACGCUACCUAAAAACAGGAAUCAUGCAUGGCAAAAACCAUGCUAGUUUAUGUGUUCUCUAGAACAGAGUAUUAUAUUAGUGUUCAUUGUCUUUAUUAAAGAUUAAAUUCCUGUAAUAACUCUUCCACACCACUCACAGAUCCAAAUUGUACUUGUGAGUAGGACUCAGAUACUUAGUAUUCAUGGAACAGGUGAUCUCAAUAUGAUGGUAAUGGGCAGCUUUUUAACCAAAUUUAAUAAUAAAUAAUAUGUCAGAUAGCUUGAUUAAAAAUUAGCAUUUGUGCUCAUGUCAA